AGGAGGGAGGUUGGAAGGAUGUUGCGUCUGAGCUUCCGAUGAGGCUGGUCGGUGCUACGAUGCAGUGACAGUCUUCUACAGGCGCGCGCGCGCGCUGAGGGAGAGCUGUACGCUGCGCACGGAGAAAUUAUCCGAUUCCUUUAGACUAUGGCACCGUCUGGCCCGCGGAGCAUCAAGCGGGGCUGCCAGAGAGUUCUUUACUGGAUCCCGGUUCUGUUCAUCGCCCUGAUUGUGGCGUGGUCAUAUUACGCCUAUGUCUUGCAGCUUUGCAUAGAAUCCAUAGAGGACACAGGAGAGAAAGUCGUGUACUUGCUGGCGUACCAUGUCAUCUUCGUCAUGUUUGUGUGGGCGUACUGGAAAACCAUCUUCACCCCACCCAUGAACCCGCUAAAGGAGUUUCAGCUGUCACACUCUGACAAGGAGCUGCUGGAGCGUGAAGAUCGAGGAGAAUCUCAGCAGGAAAUCCUGAGGAGAAUAGCCACGGACCUGCCCAUCUACACCCGCACCAACUCUGGAGCCAUUCGUUUCUGUGAGCGGUGCCAGCUGCUGAAGCCUGAUCGAUGUCACCAUUGUUCAGUGUGCGAUAAAUGCAUCCUGAAGAUGGAUCACCACUGCCCCUGGGUGAACAACUGUGUGGGAUUCUCCAAUUACAAGUUCUUCAUGCUGUUCCUGGCGUACUCCCUGCUCUACUGCCUUUUUAUAACAGCAACAGACCUGCAGUACUUCAUAAAGUUUUGGACAGCUGGAGGCAGAGCACAUUUCCGUCUGAAAGAAUACCUGAGAGGCCUCCCAGACACCCAGGCAAAGUUCCACAUCCUGUUCCUGUUCUUCUCAGCUUCCAUGUUUUCCGUCAGCCUGGCAUCACUUUUCAUCUAUCACUGCUGGCUGGUGUGCAAGAACAGAUCCACCCUGGAGGCUGUACGGGCUCCGGCGUUUCGCCACGGCACGGACAAGAACGGCUUUAGUCUUGGCUUUAGCAAGAACCUUCGUCAGGUCUUUGGUGAUGAAGUGAAAUAUUGGCCCGUUCCUGUUUUCUCCAGUUUAGGUGAUGGCUGUUCGUUUCCAACCUGCCUGGUGAAUCUGGACCCUGAACAGCCCUCAUCACCCAGCAGCUCCAGCUCUGCCAGCAAGAGUGCAGCAGAGGGCCGCCAGUUUCCAUCCAAACCACUCAGAGAGAGCCAGAGUCGGCUGCUAUCCAGCGCCCCCUCCUGGUCAGACAGUGAAGGUACAACUAACAAGGACAAGAAGGGUGCCAGUAACCCUGUGAUGACCAUAGAGAAUGAGGCGUAACCAUGGUUACAGCUUUUUCUAAGCAGAAAAUGUCUCGGCGUGCUGGGGACGUCCUUCCCAUCAUGCAUCCUGCUCCUGAGAGCUUUACACAACUUGCAUCACCGACAAAAAAAAAAACAGAACUUAUAAUGAUUCCUCUCAAGAAUUAUGACUGCUGUUGUUAUUGCGCUGUUGUCUAAAAGUCAAGUGGGCUGUAACUGAAAUUGUGUUCCAAUCAUGGGCUCUUAUUUGUAAGUAGAUGAGCACAGAGCUGCAGUGAGGAAGGAGGAGGCAGCCGAUUGGUUCCUGCUUGAGUCCAUCAGACUGAUCUGAACAUUUCCCGUUUAUUUGACGUUACGUCCAACAGCUUGGCGCUGAACGUUGGUUGCCAAACGUUUGUGAGUAAAAACAAUUAGAGGUGUUAACAUGCAGUCGCUUACAUUCCUUUGAUGUUUUUUUAUUCCAUGCACCAUGUUGAGUAUUGUGGAAGUUCAAGAGAUGCAUGCUUCUCUCAUCUCAGGAUGCAAGUCCACCUUGUUGUGAUGAAAAGUAGUAAUUAGUAAAACGUUGACUAAAGGGCUCUUUUGACUCUAACAGCAUGAGUGAGGAUGUGUUGUAAAUGAAACACCUGGUGGUGCUCUAAGCUACAACCUCCCCCUCCCCCCUCGCCAAAUGAACUGACCGGCUCUGGUCCUCAUCAAACUGCUGACCAGAGGCUUCCUGACUGUUUCUCCCCUGGAGGGUUUGCACAUCAGCUGUCUGCAAAAGCAAAAACAAAAAAAAAAACUGAAGCCUUCCUGACCUGCAGCUGCAGUUCUGUACGCCAUCCAAAAGCAGGUGCUGCUGAGUGGGUUUUCUAUCUCAUGUAGAAGCCGUACUACACGGCGACAUAUAAUUACUUUCAAGAAUGUACACUCGUCUUUACAAAGCUCCACAAUGACAUAUAUUUUUCUAUCUUUUUGUCUUUAUGUGACGAUCUGGAUGUGUGAGGCAACCUAAUGUACAGUGAUGCCUUAUGAGAAUAAAACAAGCUCAUCUUC